UUACAAAUUAGACCGAAUUGGUACAACUGACUGAGAAAAGUUGACGUCACCACAAAAAUUCGCUUCUCCUUUGCUGUUUACAGGUCAGUCAGUUCCAGUCCUCCGCUGCUCUCUCUCUCUCUCUGCAAUUCAGUUUGCUGAGUGAGUGACUAUGAAGAGGGCAGCUCCCUGGGAUGAGCAGGUGGAUGUUAUUUCAUCAGAUGACUCUUCUUCCCCGGAAAUGGAGAUGGAAUCCGUUAAUGAGUGCGAUAGCAAGCAGUCAGACACUAAUAUCACAUUUGAUCAACCUGACAAAGAAAUAACACCAGAAGGUGCUUUGGCACGAAGGGCAGAGAUGUAUCAGGACUACAUGAAGCAGAUCCCGAUCCCAUCAAACCGUGGCUCUGUUAUUCCAUUUACCUCAUGGACGGGUUUAGGCAAGUCCAUUAAGCAAUUGUAUGGACAACCUUUGCAUUACCUCACCAAUCUUCUCCUAAAACAGUGGGAUCAGCUGAGGAUCGGCAGUGAGGAGGAGUACAGGCCCUUGGAUACCAUCAUUCAUCCUUGUAAAGCUGAAGCCACCAUCUGGCUCGUUGAAGAAGUCCACCGGCACACCUCAUCUCAUCAUCAUGUAGCAAAUCUCUGGCUCAAAGAUCCGAUGCACCAUGCCUCCAUUGACGCCAUCUUUCCCCAGCUACGAAGCAAAUCGUGAUAGCCUACAGGCAUUUAGGACUGUUUUAUGAUGCUUGAUUAUUUUGUCAUGUAAAAUGUUGGUUAAAUUUUGUAGACUUGCUCUCUUUUGUAUCCUGAUGAAAUAAAAACUUUGUUAAUGCUCAA